AUGUCGGAAGUUUCCUUCCAACGACUCCUGCAUGCCGUACAGGCUGUGAACAACAUACAUCUACAAUCUUUGAACAAUGAUACAAGCUCUAGUUCUGCUGCUGUCUCCGUCUCAUCCUUAGAUCUCUGCUCGUUGGCAAGCCCGGACCCCGCAGCCUCCCAGGCCCUCCCUGUGGCUUCACAUGUGCAUGACAAGUCUCUUGACUGCUCCCCCUUGGACACAAGCGGAGGUCUCACUGGGUCACAAGGGUUGUUGGAUGCUCAGAAGCUUGUGGAGGAAUCCAAGGCUUUGCUUGUGCCUGGCGCCUUGCUUCGAGGAGAUAUCAACAUUCCUGGGAUGAGCUCCGCCGCUGCUGCGAACGGGCUCACGGAAGACGGAUCGCGGGCACCCUACGAGCUCGAGGUUGUCAAGAUUGAGAUAGACGAACUGGGACACCAAGUGCUCGUCGGACGCCAUGCCGCGUAUGGAGAUGAGCAGCUGUGUGAGCUCAGCGUGCAACAGGAGGGCGACCAAGUGCGACUGGAGUAUGCGGAUGCUGAGACGCUGUGCUCGGGGACGUUCGACUUCAGUAACCGGAAGAUUGUCGGGACCGUCCGUCAGCUGCUGCAGGGAAUGGACAACUUCUUUGUCACUAGCGAAGAGAUCAGCCACACCUUCUGCCUCCAUUUCCCCUCCGACACCCCCCAGUCCGCCAAGCUGCGAGUAGACAUGAAGCGAGCCCGACAGGAGAGGAUGAAAGCUCUCACGGGUUUUGUAGAGCAGUGGAAGGGAACCAUCCCCUCUCGCUACAAGGACGAAAUGCACCAGAUGGGCCUGGUCGCCGAGGAAUUUCUGACCGAUGCUGUUGACUACGCAGAGGAAAUUUGUGCUAUGAUGCGAAGGCAAGCCGCCAUCCUUCAGAGACUGACUUUUGACAGCAAGAAGGAGCGAAGGAAGACUCUUGAAAGCCUUGCGGAGAAAGUAUACGAGCUAAGCACAGCCUUGCCAGACUCCCAAAUUUCGAUGAAUGUGCUUUGGAGCCAAAUGAUCAAGGUUCAGCACCGUCUGGAGUUCUCGUUCGCUCGUCUAGAGCAAGCUCUCACCAACGCGUCGAUCCGAGUUACCAGGGAGACCGUUCAAACGAUCUGCAAGAAGAACGUCGAGCAUGCACCGGGCGAAGAAGCGUGCUGUAUGAUCUGCUUGGUCGAACUUGAUGACAGAAGCACGGACUUCCAGCUUCCUUGUAAUCAUGUGUUCCACGAAGAAUGUCUCCUCAAGUGGCUUCAUACACACAACACGUGCCCCAACUGCCGAUGUGUACUGGAGAAUGAAGAGGACGUCGAUGUCAAAUCCGUACAAGAGGUGUCGAGCGCCGAAAGCGUGGACGAGAGCAACCUCGACCAAGACACAUUGUCAUGCGCAAUGAAGUGA